AUGUCUGUAGCUAAAACGAGUAUUCAAAUCACCGUUACAGAAAAUGUUACAGAUGAAUUAAUCACAAUUUUGAUCCAGUUUAUCACGAAAUAUCGUAGAAAUACUGGUUUAAGCGCUAUUUCUUUUCCAGGUACUGAACUAUUACAGGAGUCACAAGGGUCUUCUAUUCAAGAUAAUCAACAACCUUUGUUGAUUUUUCCCGAAGUAUCAAAUCCUGAGUAUCAUAGACCGAAAGGACGACCACCUCAUAAGAGAUAUAAAUCAGUGGUAGAAAAUGAUCGUGUUAUAUCAGGCAAAUCUAACGAAACAACAGCACAGAAAACAUGUAGCUAUUGCUCUGGAAAAGGCCAUAAUAUCCGAGGAUGUCCAAGAUACAAGGCUGAAUCGUCCGCUAAUAAAGAAAAUGAAUACUCAGACGAAUAA